AGCAACCCCAAGUAUGAGUCUUCCAUGCCUAUAAAUACCACUGGUUGUGCUUACGUUUUUCACACAGCAGAUCCAGAUACAAGCCUACUCUGAGCUAUAGCUAAUACAUUGCAUUAGUACUAGAAGAGAUUACACUUGUUGUCCCAUCCUCAUCCAUGGCCAAUACCCCGGAUCUCCUGAUCACCCCUUUCGGUGGUGACAACUUGGAGACCGCGGAGCUUAGAAUGCAAAACCUGUAUUUGCACCAUCUCUAUGGCGGAGCAAGCCCAAACCAAGAAGACAUAAUUACCAGAGAUGAUGCCGGCAAGCAUGGAUUUGGCAGCACCGUCGUUCACAAUUGGACAAUAUAUGAUGCUGAUACUGCCGAGAGAACUCUAGUUGCUCGUGCGCAAGGCCUGCAUAUCCUUGCUGGGACCUGGCACCAUUCAUUCACCGUGGUGUUCGAGGCUGGAAGGUUGAAGGGAAGCACUCUAGAGGUAAUGGGAGCAUCCGUCGAAGAACAUAGUCCAUGGGCCAUUGUUGGUGGAACGGGUGACCUCUCAAUGGCACGUGGUGUCAUCAAACGGAGGUUGCAUCGGAAGAUAGAUGGUGGACUGAUUCUGCAGCUUACCAUCCAUGCAUUCUGCGCCCCGGAGAGUUUCCCCGCUUUCGAUACGUCGUCUGUACUAUGGGGUGGAAUCAAGUAUGGUUCAGUUGUCAAAAACAUAGUGAAACCUUGGCGCCUAGAAAGCGUGACCAUUAAAGCCGAGGGUAUAGUGGAUUCAAUUCAGUUCUCUUAUAUCGACCAAGAUGGGGUGAGGCGUACCGAAACUCGUUUGGGGGAAGGUGGUGGGGACGGCAGCACUAAUACGAUCAAUUUGGCCCCCAAGGAGUACGUGAAGGAACUGUCGGGAUCUUAUACUAUGUGGGCGGACUUUAGCCAGAUAGUUUUAACAUCACUCAAGCUUGUCACCAAUUUCAAUACCUAUGGGCCUUUUGGAAAAGGUGCUGGCACUCCUUUCAAAGCUGAUAUACCAGAAAACAGCAUCGUCGUGGGCUUCCAUGGACGUGCUGCGAGAUUCGUCAAUGCAAUCGGUGUUUACACCAUGAAAACUAAUUAGUCCUGCUUGUUGUUACCCACCAUAGUACGAGUACUAUGUUUUGCUUAAUUUUUCCUCCCAAGUUCCAUUCAAUAACUUUAAGCCCGGGGUACCUCCCUGCGCUAGCUGUUUGCUUCAUCCGUUGUUCAAGUGCAUAAUAAUACUAUCAAAGAUGGCCAGGGUCAUCCCUAUGCCACAAAUUGCA